AUGUCCGGUUUAACAAAGUUUGUCCGUUCUACGUCUAUUGUGUCAAGAGCGUGGAAGUCCGCGCGACCAACCGCUGGAACCUUAAUAAGUCACAAUCGACUAUACGGUACCAAUGUCGGUGGACCAGUAAUAGGCAUAGAUUUGGGCACGACCAAUUCCUGUGUUGCCAUCAUGGAAGGGAAAGCUGGAAAGGUUAUUGAAAAUGCAGAAGGUGCAAGAACGACUCCAUCAAUAGUUGCAAUAACGAAGGAUAAUGAGUUAUUGGUUGGUCAGGCAGCUAAACGUCAGGCUGUGGUAAAUCCUGAGAACACAGUUUUCGCUACCAAAAGAUUGAUAGGCCGUUCGUUUGAUGAUCCGAUUGUUAAACACGAUGCCAAUUCGGUUCCAUAUAAAAUCGUUCGGCAUUCUAACGGAGACGCUUGGGUACAUAUUAUGGGAAAAAAUUACUCACCGUCGCAAGUGGGUGCCUUCAUCUUGACCAAAAUGAAGGAGACCGCGGAGGGAUAUCUAGGAAAAAAGGUUCAUCAUGCCGUGAUUACCGUACCUGCCUACUUUAACGAUGCUCAACGUCAGGCGACUAAAGAUGCCGGAAAAAUUGCUGGACUUGAAGUACUCAGAGUCAUUAAUGAACCAACUGCUGCUGCACUUGCUUACGGACUAGACAAAAGUGGCGACAAGGUGGUGGCAGUAUAUGAUCUUGGUGGUGGUACCUUCGAUAUCUCUAUACUUGAGAUACAGAACGGUGUGUUCGAGGUGAAGAGCACAAACGGUGAUACCGCCCUUGGUGGCGAGGAUUUUGAUGCGACUUUGGUAAAAUUCAUCGUCGAAGAAUUCAAGAAAGAACAAUUGAUCGAUCUAACUGGUGAUCGUAUGGCCAUACAACGUAUCCGUGAAGCCGCUGAAAAAGCAAAAAUCGAACUCUCCUCAACUGUGCAAACCGACAUUAACUUACCAUAUAUUACAGCCGACGCGUCCGGACCAAAACACAUAAACAUCAAAUUGACCAGGUCCAAGUUUGAAGCUUUAACUAAGGACUUGGUCGAGAGAACAAUUGAACCUUGCAAGAAAGCAAUCUUGGAUUCUCAAGUUAAACCCUCUAACAUUAACGAAGUGAUUCUGGUUGGUGGUAUGACCAGGAUGCCAAAGGUAUAUGAGACGGUAAAAUCAUUAUUUGGCAAGGAACCAAGUAAAAGCGUGAAUCCCGAUGAGGCUGUAGCUCUUGGUGCUGCAAUCCAAGGAGGUGUACUCUCUGGGAGUGUUACGGACAUUUUAUUGUUAGACGUGACUCCCCUUUCUCUCGGUAUUGAAACCCUUGGAGGUGUCUUUUCUAGGUUAAUAAACCGUAAUACGACCAUUCCAACUAAAAAGUCCCAAGUCUUUUCUACCGCCUCAGAUGGUCAAAGUGGAGUGGAUGUACGCGUUUAUCAGGGAGAACGUGAGUUCUGUCGUGAUAACAAACUUUUAGGAAACUUCAGAUUAGACGGUAUUCCACCUGCACCCAAGGGUGUUCCACAGAUCGAAGUUACAUUUGACAUUGACGCCGAUGGUAUUGUGAACGUGUCAGCAAAAGAUAAAGCCACGAAUCGAGAUCAAUCAAUCACAAUCACUGCUUCCUCGGGUCUCUCAUCCUCCGAAAUAGAAAACAUGGUAGCUGAUGCCGAAAGGUAUGCUGAGAGUGAUCAAAAACGUAAGGCUGUGAUUGAGGCCAAGAAUCAUGCGGACAGCGUCAUACAUGAGACCUUGAAGCACUUGGAUGAAUACAAGGAUUCAAUUUCGGAAGAAGAAUCAAAGAAAAUUAAAGAUCAAAUCCAAGUGUUGCAAGACACCAUUUCUAAAAAUGAAGAUUCCGUGGAUGCCGAAAACAUAAAGAAGGAAAUACACGAGCUGCAACAGAGUAGCUUGAAGUUAUUCGAGAUGGUUUAUAAGAAAUCGCAAGCGAAUAAUGAACAAUCAUCAAAACCUUCGUCAACGUCUUCGGAAGGUGAAGAAUCUAGCACAUCAUCAUCUACGUCAUCUGGUUCCUCGUGA